AUGUGGAAGUCAUCAUUACCAACCUAUAUGGUGUCGGAGCUUCCGCUCCUCCAGACAGGCCGAUGUCUGAGCUGCCAAUUCCGAAGCACCGGAGCGCUCGCGCAUCUACGCGCCAAGUCCUUAGCGACACGCAAUUAUGCCACCACGAACGGUGCAAAAAACCCCAGUCCCAACAACAGCGCUACUGGCGCGACAAUUUCCUCCCCUCCGCGCAGGGAACCCCAACCUGUGCGACGAGGGGCCCAGUUCCAACAAAACCCAGACAUGAAACCCCAGCCGGGCGAUGCGGACUUCAAGCCGCCGAUGCUCGACCGUCCGAUAGGUACCCCGGCGCCACCAAUGGCUGGCGAGAACACAGGAGUCGACACCCGUUCGUUGAAGCAGAGACGAGACGAAUUUGUGGACUAUGAUCGGCAUAUUGAGCGGCGGAAAGAACUAACCCGCCAAGUCGCCAAACCCUACUUCCGAGAAUGGUCUAAUCUACGCUUCCUGGAGGGCAAAACUUUCGUGUCGAACCCCCGGCUCUUCAAGGGCGACAAGGCCCUAUACUUCCCCAACUUGUUCGGAGUAACUCUCGCAGAACCGAAAGAUAAGCAAAACACAACGCCGACCCUGUAUGGAAAGAUUAGCGUCGUGAAAUUGUUCUCCAGCGUCUGGGCCGAAACCCAAGUGGGGACAUUUACGGGCCCGGCCCAGAACCCUCGUCUGGCGGAGAUACUGGCCAAAAACCCGCAAUUCGCACAAACCGUGGAUAUCAACUUCGAAGAAAACCGCAUGAAGGCGGCGCUGGUGCGGAUGUUCAUGUGGAGCAUGCGCCGGAAGUUGCCUGUGGAGCAGCACUCGCGGUAUUUCUUAGUGGAGAAGGGCUUCUCCGAGUCUCUCAAGGAAGCGGUUGGUAUGAUGAACUCCAAGGUCGGCUAUGUGUAUCUUGUGGACUCGGACUGUCGUAUCCGUUGGGCUGGAAGUGGCAAUGCCGAGCCAGCUGAGAUGGAGACGCUUAAUACGGGGUUGCAGAAGCUGGUUGCGGAAAGAAAGCUUCUUUAUGAGGCCGAGUUGGCAAAUCGCCAAUAA